AUCGUUGUAUUAUUUUUCAUUAGUUUGAUUAUGUUGUCAUUGUAAGAACUAACCAAGCAAAGCAAAAACCUCAAACCUUCAACCCUAAAAAGGAGACACAGAAGUCCUCCACUGUGCAGUGUGCCGCCUCCCUCUCCAGUCUCCCACCGGCUCAAUUCCUCCACAGCUUCGGUCUGCGGCCGCCACACCGGCUUCUUCAUUGAAGUUGGAAGAGUACAUUCUUGCACAGUAGAGAUGAGUUUAAUUUCUCAGAAUGCGGUUAUUAAGGAUAAUGCCAAGAAGAAGAAUAAGAAGUCUAAGCGUGUGGAUAAUGAGGAUGAAGAGUCUUCCUUGUUGGAAGGUGUAGAGGAGGUUAUAGAAAAGGAAGAUUCAGAUAUUGAAGCGAGUGUAACUUAUAAGAAGAAAAAGAAAAGGAGUGAUACAGAGGUGAAGAAGAUGUUACUUGAGGAAGAAAUGGAAAUGCAGAAGUUGGGGAACUUUUUGUUUGGCUCUUUGCAUUCUCCAGUUGAAUUUGGAAAGGAGCAUGAUGAGGAAGGGCUAGGUGGAGUAGUUUUGGAUGACUCUGAAUUGUUUAUAAUGGACCGGUCUGGUAAUGAUACCAUGUCGGUGUAUGAAGAUAAUUCAGGGUAUCAUGUUGAAAAUAUGGAUGAAGAUGGCGAUAAGCAACGGAAGCCUGUUUGGUUGGAUGACGAGGAAGAAGAGACUACCGUUGACAUUUCAAAGGUUAAUAGGUUGAGGAAGUUAAGGAAGGAAGAAGAUGAGACUGUUAUAUCAGGGUCUGCGUAUGUGUCAAGGUUGAGGGCUCAUCAUGCUAAGUUGUACCCGGGAACAGAUUGGGCCAAUUUUGACUCGAAAAUCAAAAGGUAUGAUUCUGAUGAUGAGUUUGAGGUAGAAAAUGGGUCGGUUGUUGCGUCUGGAUAUAAAAAUGUUGAUGAUAUUCUUAAAACAAACGAAGAGCUUGUUGUGAAAAAAGGAGCAAAACUUUUGCCCGGAAUUCUCGAAUACUCAAAAUUAGUAGAUGCCAAUGCUGAAGAUCCUUCUAAUGGUCCAAUAAACUCCGUCCAGUUUCACCGAAACCAUCAGUUGCUCCUUGCUGCUGGACUAGAUCGAAAGCUGAGAUUUUUCCAAAUCGAUGGCAAGAGGAAUAAAAUGAUGGAUGCCAUAUUCAUUGAAGAUUGCCCUAUUAGAAAUGCUUCUUUCUUGCCUGAUGGGUCACAAGUUAUCGUUGCUGGAAGAAGAAAGUUCUUUUAUAGCAUUGACAUAUCCAAGGGUAAUGUUGAUAAAAUCGGGCCACUAACUGGAAGAGAGGAAAAAAGCUUAGAAGUUUUUGAGGUUUCCCCUGAUUCUCGUACUAUAGCUUUUUUGGGAAACGAAGGUUACAUCUUACUGGUGUCUGCGAAAACUAAGGAACUGAUUGGCACCCUUAAAAUGAACGGAACAGUUCGAUCACUAGCUUUUACAGAUGAUGGACAACAAUUGUUAAGUUCCGGUGGUGAUGGACAUGUAUAUCACUGGGAUUUAAGAACGAGAACAUGUCUCCAUAAGGGUAUUGACGAAGGCUCCAUUAAUGGUACUGCUCUUUGUACUGCACCAAUCGGGAAUCUGUUUGCAGCUGGAUCAGCUAGUGGAUUAGUAAAUGUUUACAACCGGGAUGAGUUUUUGGGUGGCAAAAGAAAACCCAUUAAAACUCUCGAGCAUCUACGCACUGAAGUAGAUUUCAUGAAGUUCAACCACGAUGCCCAAAUAUUAGCCAUCUGUUCGAGAAUGCAGAAGAGCAGCCUAAAGCUGGUUCAUGUUCCAUCAUUUACCGUCUUUUCUAACUGGCCGCCAGGAAACAGAACUCUACAAUAUCCUCGAUGUUUGGAUUUUAGUCCCGCUGGAGGUUUCAUGGCUGCGGGGAAUGCAUCGGGAAACGUUUUGCUCUACAAGCUGCAUCAUUAUCAGCAAGCAUAAGAUCAUAGAAUGUGCUGUGUUACCAAUUUUGUUUGAAGUAAUAGGAACUCUGGUGAUGAACAGAGAAAAAUAGUCAUUGUGAGAAUUUUAUAUGUUUAGUUUUCUAGACUUUUUUGGUUGCAGUCUCUAGAACUUCGGCUGUUGACUUAUCAGUGUAUUAUUAGCUUAAAACAAUAUAUCUACCUAUUGAUGAAUGAUUUCCAAUUCAUAUUUUUUUCCAUCUUUGUAUUUGUAUUUCUUUAGUGCUUUGAAGAUAAAGCUUUAUGAUAAUCAUUUUAUGACACUGUAUUUUGC